AUGCCCGCCUGGAUGCCGGGGGCGCGUCAGAGACAGUCAGACAGCGCCACACACCCCUUUCCCGCAUUUGAGCGGCGGCCGGCGGACCCCGCCUCCAAGGCCGCCAACCCGCCGCCGCCUCCCGCCAGCCCCACCCGCCGGGCGCUGCUGCCGCCGCCGCUGCUGCCCUGGCAGCGUGUGCGUAGGGCCCUGUGUCCCGACCCUCAGGCCUACAUGAAUGGUCUGGGGACGCUGGGCCCCACCGCGCGGCCCUCAGCCCUGCAGCCACUGCACGGCAACAGCUGCGGCCCGCGUGCGCCCUCCUCGCUCUGCCGCCCCGUCCUGGCGCCGUGCGGCACGCGGCUCACAGGCCUGCCCACCGGCCGUGCGGGCCAGCUGUUGCCCACCGCAGCCGCGCAGUGCUACCUGUCUUUGGGCACAGUCAAGGGGCUGCCGCACUCGGGCGUGGCGGAGCGCAGGCCGUGCCGCCACGUGGUGCGCCUCUGUCUGUACGACGGACGCCGCUUCCACGGCAAUGCUGUGGAGCCGCGGCAUGUGAAGCCCGGCCGCCACGGCAACGCCUGGACCUUUGAUGCCGCCUCGCUGCUCAUCCGCUGCCCCCUGGAACGUCUGAAGACGAUGCAGAUCUACAUAGAGUUUAAUGUGAGCCACGAGCUGCGGGCAGAGGAGGCGCAGCGGCUGCCACGCAGCCCGCGGCAGGCCGCGCGUCAGGUGGACGAGGUGUGCGUGGCCUGGGCGCUGGUCAGCCUCGCCACGCUGCCCAGCCUGCACGAGGCGCGCAGCCUGCACGUGCCGCUGUGCGGCGGGCGGCUGACGCUGCGGCGCGGCCUGCGGGAGUGCCAGGCCACGGCUGUCCGUGCGGCUGGCGGCCCUGGCCAGGCCAAGCAGAAAACCAGCUGCACUGGCAGUGGCGGCGCCGGCUCCAGCCUGCCGAUCAAGCUGUGCCCUGUGCCCUGCAAUGACUUGGCGGCACUGCUGCUGCCAGCAGCGGCAGUGGCAUCCCUGCCGCUGGCUGGCGCUGUGGGACUGUACCGCCAGCUUCUGGCAGAGGCGGCGGGUGCGCCGGAGGGCGGUGCCACGCUGGCGCCUGUGGCCGACCCGGUGCUUGCCGCCUUCCCUGCUAUCCUGGACGAUGCUGAGCUGGCGGCGGCUUUCUUCAGCCUGUGGGAGCGGCAGCAGGCGGGCGGUGCAGACAGCCCCGCCGCCAGCACCGCCAGCACGCUGCGGGCUGGCUUCCAGCUGUGCGUGGUGGCUGUGUGGGCGGCAGCGGGGGCUCAGGCGGUGCCGGCUCCCACGGCCGCCAACCACGGCAGCCGGUGCACCGAACGGCGGAGGCAACUGAGCAGCAUCCUCCAGCUCCACCCAGUGGUGGGCCUGAGCCAUGCGGGGCAUGCAUGGAUGCACAGGCCGCUGGAGGCUGAGGAGCUCUGCUGGGGCUCCAUGGAGCAGCUGGGGGCCACCGUGUGA